AUGCGCCAAUCAACCGCCCUUCUUUCCAUUCUUGCCAGCACCGUCUGCGCUGCUGAUAUCGUCAGCUUUUACUUCCCCGGUGGCUAUGAGGGCGCGGAUCCUGUCGCGACAAUCAACACUGUCAACCCAACAAUGACCGAAUUCCGCAUGGCGUGCCCUACUGGCAUAGACAGCUCAGAGUGCGGUUGGGGCCCGGGCCUUGACGCGACUAUCCUUUCGCAAACACGCUACCAGGCCACUAUGGACGCUGGCGGUGUCUCCAUGAGCUUGGGCUGCGACUACAACAAGAAAGACGUCGAGAUGACAUGCACAGUAAAGCAGAAGGGUGGCAACGACGACACUGGUGGUGAACCCGUCACUGCGGUUUUCUCCAACGACGAUGUCAAGUUUUUAACCGUCGACGUUGUUGCAGGAAAUAGCUUGCUGAGGACCGAAACAAGCACAGCACCAAGCGCUAGUGCGACAACUACCAAGACGAGCGCUCAAUCUACCUCUGUUGCAACUUUGACAAAGAGUGCGAGUACAGGACAGAUGACGGUCGAGUCGGUCAGCGAGACGGCCAGCGCGUCGUCCAGCGCGUCGCCCAGCGCAACCAUGAGCACCGUUUCUACUCCUAGUAUUGCGCCCUCGCCAACAUCGAGCCAGUCGUCCGCAAGUGUACCUGAGAGCACUGGUGCCGCUGCCAGGUUCGGCAUAGAGGGCUCUGCGCUGCUGGUGCUUGCUGGUGCUGCGGCGUUCAAUGUAUGGUAA